GUACAAUGUUGAGCUGUAAAAUAUUGUGUAUAUAUACAUAUAUAAAAUAAUAAUGAAGCAACUAUGCCAAACAAGUUGCAUCUAGAAGCUUUGAAAAUGCCAAUAAAGGAACUCUCAUCUCCUAUAUAUACCCGCAGAAAUAUGAAUGAAAAAUCCACCAAUAAUCGAAGAUUGCUUACUCGCUGUUAAUUCCUCAUGUUCUCUGCAUAAUCCAGCUCGACGGUUUAUCAUCAUUUGAUUCAGACGCGCGCACACAAACACACAUAUAUUGAACUACCAACAAUCUUAGAAUGAUUGAUGAUAUGGCUAUUUCAUCAAUCCUACAUGUUCUUCUGUUGUCUCUGUGUUUCCGGUAUUCUUCAUCUUCAUCAUCAACUCUUAGCAGCGGCUUCUCCCUUUCCGUGGAGAAACCAGAAGAUGUUCUUAUCUCACCGAAUGGAACCUUCACGGCUGGAUUCCAUGUCAUUGGUGAAAACGCUUAUGUCUUGGCGAUCUGGUUCACUCGACUACCUCAAUCUUCCCCAAACUCGAAUGUAGUUUGGAUUGCCAGUCGUGACCAACCUGUCAACGGAAAACGGUCAUCUCUUUCCCUCCUCAGAGCAGGAAACCUCAUCCUCUCCGAUGCUGGACAGAAGAACGUAUGGUCAAGUAACACCAACUCGUCGUGGCCGACGCGAUUGGCUCUCAACGACAAUGGAAAUCUAGUACUCUACGAGCUUCAUUCGGAAGAGACAAAUAUUCUAUGGCAGAGCUUUGAUUUCCCAACAGACACUUUGCUUCCUGGCCAACAACUUAAGAAUGACACACAACUUGUCGCAGCGAGAAGUGACACCAACGUUUCCUCUGGCUUCUACAAGCUCUUCUUCGACGACAGCAAUGUUCUUCGCCUUCUCUAUCACAGGCUUGACGUUUCCAGUGUGUAUUGGCCAGCGCCAUGGAUGUUGAGUUUUGAAGCUGGAAGGAGCACAGAAAAUAGUAGUAGACUCGCUGUGUUAGAUUCUCUUGGGAGUUUCAUUUCAACAGAUAACUUCAAAUUUACAACUUCUGAUUAUGAGAUAUCGACCCAAAGAAGAUUGAAAAUCGAUCCUGAUGGCAGCCUUCGAGUGUACAGCUUACAGAAGAAUAAUCAAUGGUACGUCUCGUGGCAAGCUAUAGCUGAUGCCUGCCAUGUUCAUGGAAUAUGUGGAGUCAAUAGUAUGUGCAAGUACGAUCCUAGCCAUGGAAGGAAAUGCUCGUGUCUUCCAGGGUACAGAAUCAAGAACCAUAGCGAUUGGUCUUAUGGGUGUGAACCCAAAUUUGAAUUCUCAUGUGGUCAAAAUUUCUUGAAAUUGCCCGGUGUUGAGUUCUAUGGAAAUGACUAUGUCUAUAAGCUAAACAUCAGUUUCAAGAACUGCAAGAAUUUGUGCUUACAUGAUUGUGAGUGCAGGUUGUUUCAGUACACAUUCGGAGAGGAUAUGGGCCAAUUUAGGUGCUACAUCAAAAGAAUUCUGAUCAACGGUCAUAAUUCACCAAGCUUUCGAGGAACAACCUACUUAAGACUACCUCAAACCAAUGAAGGUUCAUUCCUUGAAGAAGAAGAAUCUGCCCGUGAUGAUGGUGAUGUUUGCUUCGUAAAGUUUGAAGGAGCCUCACAAAAUGUCAGCAGUUUUGUCAAGUUUCUUCUUUGGUUUUCCGUUGCUGUUGGGGUGCUUGAAGUCCUCUGUAUUAGUCUAAUUUGGUGUUCUUUGAUUAGACCCAAAAAGAGCUCUGAUUCAAAUCCACAAGUCUACAAUUUUCUUUCUCCUUUCCGGUUCAGAAAAUUUACUUACUCUGAGCUAAAACAAGCAACCAAAGGGUUCAAAGAAGAAAUCGGAAGAGGAGCAGGUGGAAUAGUGUACAAAGGAGUAUUAUCAGAUCAACGAGUUGCUGCAAUAAAGAAGCUGAAUGGUGACAACACAGGAGGAGGCAAACAAGAAGAAGGAGAAUUUAUGGCUGAAGUGAGCAUAAUCGGUAGACUUAACCACAUGAACUUGAUCGAAAUGUGGGGCUACUGUGCUGAAGGAAAGCAAAGGCUGUUGGUGUACGAGUACAUGGAAAAGGGUUCUUUAGCAGAAAAUCUCAGAUCAAACACUUUGGAUUGGACCAAAAGAUACAACAUUGCUCUUGGAACAGCAAGAGUCCUAGCAUACUUGCACGAAGAAUGUUUGGAGUGGAUUCUGCAUUGCGACAUAAAACCGCAUAAUAUUCUUCUGGACUCAAAUUACGAACCCAAGGUAGCAGAUUUUGGUUUAUCUAAGCUUAAAAAUCGGAAUGACCAAAACACUCAAAGCUUCUCAAUGAUCAGAGGAACGAGGGGCUAUAUGGCACCAGAGUGGGUUUUCAAUCUGCCAAUAACAUCAAAGGUGGAUGUGUAUAGCUACGGGAUCGUUAUAUUGGAAAUGAUAACAGGAAGGAGUCCGAUGAUGAUGGGAAAUCAGAGUGAUGAAGGCGAAGAGGCUCAACAUGUGAGGCUUGUGACGUGGGUGAGAGAGAAGAAGAAGAACAACAACAAAACGACGUCGGAGGAAGUGUCUUCGUGGGUGAAGCAAAUAAUUGAUCCCGCCUUGAUAUCAGAGUUCGAGGUUGAGAAGCAGAAGAUAGAAACUUUGGCAAAUGUGGCUUUGAGGUGCGUGAAGGAAGACAAAGAUGAAAGGCCCACCAUGAGCCAAGUUGUAGAAAUGCUUCAGAGCCAAGAAGAUGACUAUGCUGCUGAAUUAAUCAUGGCGGCUUAGAAUACCCAAAAGUUGUCUAUCUUCUUUGCAAGUGCAUUCUUCAAAAAGUCAAGUUGUAGGAAUAUUGAAAUAAAAUGAUGGGGACCUUGGAACUAGAUGUUAAACAUGUCAAAUUUCCAAGUAUAUUAUCCUUUUCUAAUAUUAUAAUUAAAGUGAAAAGUUAUUCAAAAGGAA